CUGCAUCACCAGUCUUAAAAGGCUCCUACAGCCACUCCUAGCACCAGUUGCUGACCAGCCUGCCCACUUGCCUCCCUGCCUGCUGGGGCUGCCUUGAAUGCCUGGUUCUUCCAGUUCCUUGUGGGUCUGACAAAGCAGGGACCAUGUCUACUUUUGGCUACAGACGGGGACUUAGUAAAUAUGAAUCCAUCGACGAGGAUGAGCUUCUGGCCUCCCUGUCAGCUGAGGAGCUGAAGGAGCUAGAGAGAGAGCUAGAAGACAUUGAACCUGAUCGCAGCCUCCCUGUGGGGCUAAGGCAAAAGAGCCUGACUGAGAAAACUCCCACCGGGAACUUCAGCAGAGAGGCACUGAUGGCCUAUUGGGAAAAGGAGUCCCAAAAACUUUUGGAGAAGGAGAGGCUGGGGGAGUAUGGAAAGGUUGCCGAAGAAGACAAGGAGGAGAGUGAGGAAGAGCUGAUCUUCACCGAGAGCAACAGUGAGGUUUCUGAGGAGGUGUACACUGAGGAGGAGGAAGAGGAGGAGGGACAAGAGGACUCUCAGGAAGAAGAGGAAGAAGAAGAGGAAGAGCACAGUGAUGAAGAAGAGCGAACUGAAUCUGCAAAAGGCAUUAAUGGAAGCUUAAACUGCAAUAGUGUCAAUUCUGACAGCUCUAAGCCAAAGACAUUUAAAAGUCAAAUAGAAAAUAUCAAUUUAACCAAUGGCAAUGGUGGGAGGAACACAGAGUCACCAGCUGCCAUUCACCCUUGCGGAAAUCCUACUGUUAUUGAGGAUGCUUUGGAAAAGAUUAAAAACAAUGACCCUGACACUGUAGAAGUCAAUUUGAACAACAUCGAGAACAUCACAACGCAGACCCUCACCCGUUUUGCUGAGGCCCUCAAGGACAACACCAUGGUGAAGACGUUUAGUCUGGCCAACACGCAUGCUGAUGACAGUGCGGCCAUCGCCAUUGCAGAAAUGCUGAAGGUCAACGAGCACAUCACCAGUGUCAACGUUGAGUCCAACUUCAUAACCGGGAAGGGGAUCCUGGCCAUUGUGCGAGCUCUGCAGCACAACACGGUGCUCACGGAGCUGCGCUUCCACAACCAAAGACACAUCAUGGGCAGCCAGGUGGAGAUGGAGAUUGUCAAGCUACUGAAGGAGAACACAACGCUGCUGAGGCUAGGAUACCACUUCGAGCUCCCAGGACCAAGAAUGAGCAUGACUAGCAUCUUAACGAGAAAUAUGGACAAACAGAGGCAAAAGCGGAUGCAGGAGCAGAAACAGCAAGAGGGAUAUGACGGAGGAUCCAAUCUUAGGACCAAAGUCUGGCAAAGGGGAACACCUGGCUCUUCUCCUUAUGCAUCUCCCAGGCACUCUCCCUGGUCAUCUCCAAAACUCCCCAAGAAAGUCCAGACUGUGAGAAGCAGACCUCCAUCCCCUGUGGCCCCACCCCCUCCUCCUCCUCCACCUCUUCCUCCCCAAAUGCUGCGUCCUCCUCCUCCACCCCCUCCACCCCCUCCUCCUCCUCCACUCCCAGAGAAAAAACUAAUCACCAGAAACAUUGCAGAAGUCAUUAAGCAACAGGAGAGUGCCCAGCGGGCAUUACAAAAUGGACAGAGAAAGAAGAAAGGAAAAAAGGUUAAGAAACAGCCAAACAAUAUCCUAAAGGAAAUAAAGAAUUCUCUGAGGUCAGUACAAGAAAAGAAAAUGGAAGACAGUUCCCGACCUUCUACCCCACAGAGAUCAGCUCAUGAGAACCUCAUGGAAGCAAUUCGGGGGAGCAGCAUAAGACAGCUAAGGAGGGUGGAAGUUCCAGAAGCUCUGCGGUAAAAAUACAACCUCUUAGAAGAGGACACUGACCUGUUCAUAGGUGUCACAAGGAAUGAAUUGUGAGAUUUUUCUAAAAUACCUCCUUUAAUUUGAAAUGUUCCCUGACUUUAAAGAUAACCUCACCCUGGAAUUCCAAAGAGAAUUUAAAAAACACAAUUAGCAUGUUUCUUUUGUAAAUAUGAAAAUAAACUUUUUUAUGUUUUGAGAUUUGUAUGGGCAAGAAGUGAUUAAAAAUUCACUUCCUAUCUCUGGAGGUCUUGGUGACUCUGAGCUGUAAUGAGUUAAAGAAUGUGCUGAUAUUUUUGUAAUCCCAAUAAAUUUGGAUGAAGGUUUUUUCCUUUUUUUAAAAAGACAAAUUAAUAUUUUCCUGUGAGUUGAUAUAUCUGUCUGUUGUGUAUGUAACAUUGCUGGAUAUUAAAUAUAUUACAUUCUCACCCCAAAAGGAUUUGAGUCCUUAGCAUUUGCCUUUCUUUGUUUUCCUCAUGUCCAAGAAAAUCUGGCCGGAUCUCUUUCUAAAGGACUGAAGUCAAGAGCUUUCUAAAAAGGCUCUUUUGGUAGUAAGAUAAAAUGUUGGGAAAGACCCACUGUGGCCAUUUACCUGGAUUCACUGAUGUGAGAGUCAUAUAGCAGCAGAUGUACUUCUAUUUAUACAAGCCAGCAGUCAGUUCAAUCAUUAUUAUUAAAAUCAGUUUUCUGGAAGGGAAAAGUAGAAAGAAGUUUCUUGGUUGGGAGGAAAUAAGUGCUAAGGGAAUGCCCAGAAGGUAAGCCCCCCAAAUUCAGAGCUAUCUUGUGGCUGAUGCUUAAGACCCACCAUUCAAGUCUUCCUUGGAUCUCUCCUUUGACAAGCCUUAGUCCAGUGAGACUCAGCACUUUCUUUUCCCCUACAUAAAUUGUCAUGAUGCCAAUAUCCAAAAAAUAUACCUGAAGAUAUGGAGUCAUACAUUUCUAUCUCCAGCUAUCAUUCCAUCCUACCCUCUGUCACUCAAGAAGCAUCUAAUUUCAAAUAAGAGAAAGAUGUACCAGAGAUGACCUUUCUUCAACUCUAGUGCUCUGCCUUGAUUUAUGAAAGCUAUAUACCCCUUCUAAAGUUCUUUGCAUUAACUAUGAUUAUCAAUGUAUUUUUUGUGUCCUAUAGUUAGAACUGUGGACAUGGCAAACUCUGGGCUACCCACUCAAUAAUUUUUUGCUUCACAAACAGAGCUUUGGAUUAUCUACAAUCAACAGUAUGGUGUUUCACUAGAGAAGAUCUCCAGUGGUUCUUGGGUCUGUUUCUUUUAGUCUGUUUCUAUUGUUCAGACAUUCUCUUACCCAAUGGGAACAAAUGCUACAAUCACUUAGAGAGAUUCCAGAGGCUGUGAGCUAAGUCAGUGCCCCGGUUCCAUGUGAGAGAGUGGUAGGUGAGUGACAUUUUCUGAACUAAGUUAUCUUAUGUAUAACUUAAGUUAUCUUAUAUAUGUAUGUCUCACAACAUUAAAAGGUGCUAACCCCAUUUUGAGAUGAAAGAUUAAGAAGUAAGGUUAAGCUGCAGGUGAAAUUGGGCAUCUCUGACAGCAAAGUCCAGACUCCUCUGUCAGUGUCUGAUUGCUUCUAUGCAGACUCAAAUGUCCCAAAGGCCUCAUUCUCAGAAUCACAAUGAAGCCUGUUGUUUCCUUUGAUAGUGACUUCAUUAUUUUCACUCCUUUUCAUUAGAGUUCACAACCAAUUUCAUUCUUGUUGCUCAAAGAAGUAACAGUUAAAGUGUAGGUACGUUUUUUAAAAGGUAUGUGUGUAUAUGUGUCUGUCUGUGUCAUCUGUUGUUUCAAAGCCAAGACAGACCUUCCUUUCUCCUGAUCCUUGUGUGUGAGUCUUCUACACCAAAGGUAAAGUGUGAGAGGGGAGCAGAGAUGUAAAUGUUUGCUGGUAAACCAUGUUAUUGAUAAGACCUUGCAGGAGUCUCAGAAAAAGGGUGUGUGGUAGCCCUGUUGGAUGCAGGGAAGAGUUAAUAGUUCAUGUGUUGCCAGGGGUUGGUUGGGUGGGGAGGGUAAGUGAUCAAAAGACUUAGGCUUUCAUUUGUAUUAUAAAAGGCUGGCUUGAUGGAGCUUUUUGUACCUUAGAAGAGCGCAGAAUGCACUUAGUAGGCACUUAACAAAAUUUAAAUAAAGAUACAGAUCCUCACACACAAUUACAAACAAGAUAUGAUAUGGUCUGACAUUGAGAGUAUUUAUCAUUAAGGAAAAACAUUUCUAGAACAUGUUAUUUCAGAAUUCGGUACUGUGAACCUAUAAGGUAUUAUGACAAUCAUUAUUUCACACAGGACAGGGAUUCUACUUCACUUUCCCUAUAAACUCUCAGACAAGGCAUGAAAAGUAAUUGGUUCAUAUUCUAUAAAGACCUUUCAACUCAUUGGGAGAAAGCCUGUCCAAGAUCAGAUGAAGUGUGUUAGGCUAUGAUUUAUUUGUGCAUCUUGAUCUCCGAAAAUAUACCUCAUCCUGAUUUGAACCAGGGCCAGAAUUCCAAGGCACCCUGUUUCAUAGGCCUUGCUGCCAACAGGUAUUUAAUAACUCAGUGUCAGCACAAUCUUGAUUCAACACCUGCCCUGAGAUAGCAAGUACUAGUGGGUAAAAUGAAGAGGUAAUAACAGGCUGCAAUGUCUGUAUUGAGACACUCUGAAGGAUAGGGUAAGUCCAUAUGUUCUGGAAAAGACCUCAGGACAGCUUCCUUUCAUGACAAAGUUAAAACUGUCUCUAUUUUCUGUGAGCUUCUUAACCACCAAAUAGCAUGAUAGAAAAGGCGAAGAAUUGGUUUAAAGUCUUACAAAACCAGAAAUAUGUUACCACCAUUGAUGCACAUAACUUCCACAGACAUUUUCUGAGCACUCACCAUGUUCCAGAUACUCUUCCAGAUACAGGAGACACACAGUGAACAAUGGAGAUAAACCCAUUUUUCUUAUAUUCCGUGGAAUUUAUAUUCCAGUGGAAGGAGAGCACUUACACCAUUCCUUCAUGCACUUGUGUACUUAUUUACCUAGUGGCUCCUCUGUAUGAGGCGCUCUUGCUUCAUGCUGUGAAGAUCAAGUUGAAUUAGAAAAGUGUCCUCAAACCAGUGAGACUCCUAAGGCAAUCAAUUCUUCCAGAAGAGUAAAAACUCUUCUUAGUGUAUAAGCUGCUCAAAAGUGGGUGUCGGGUGAAUUUUGCCUGUGAGUCACAUUUUACCAUAAACCCUUGACCUAAAGAAGAUACGGACUUCUUCAGACAAGGUGACACUUAAUUUGAGUUUUGUAAAAAUAGAGAGUUUACCUGACUGAAAAAACAAAGUCUCAUGAUGCAGAAAGUCAUUUCAGUUUGAGGAGAGAAAGUAGUAUAUAAAAUGGCCAGAAAUGAUAAGAUUUAAUAUAUUCUGUAAAAGCAGCAAUUUGGUUAAAAAAGAAAGAAAGAAAGAAAGAAAGAAAAGAAAACUUAGUAUUUCAACAGGGUUAUCCCAAGUAUUGAUAUCUUUGGUGGAAUAGCAUUUUUUGGUGGGGGUGUGACUCAAGUGAGAGUGUCUCCCUAGUAUGCAUGAGGCUCUGAGUUCAAAACCAGUAUUUCCAAAGGGGAUAGGAGGUUUUGUUUUGUUUUGUUUUUUACAAUAUAUGUAUGGCCUUUUGUUUUUUACAAACAUAGCAUUGAUCAUGAAGAAAAAUCAGAAUAUCAGAGCAAAAGGACAUAAAGAAUCCUCAUGAUCCUACCACAUAGACCAAUUACUGAAAACCCCUUACUAUAUCUUAAAAAUCCUUCUUAAUGCACAUUGGAACACAUAUAUAAUUUUUUGUACAGAAAGGGAAGAUAACUAUAUACCAUCACACAAGCCAAAACUUCUAAGAAAUCUCAACUAUUGUUGGAUAUUUAGAUUUUGACUAUUCCUUUGGUGUUGGGUAUUUCAUCCAAUCCAGCUCAUCCUUUACUAUUUGAGUCUUCUAACCUUUAACCUGUCCAAAAGCCCUUAGUAAAAAUUAAUGGCUGAAAUAAAUCACAGCCAAAAAGUUGUCUCCCAGAAACACAAGGAGUUGUAAGGCAUCAUUGUGGUACACCAAAAAUGGGAAAUGGGUCUCAGUCAGUGGUCAUGUUUACCCAGUUUCUCUGAAAUUAUAUGCCUGUCUGAACCACAGAUGUGUAUUUCAAGAAGCUGGUAAAAUUUUCUAUGA